AUGAAAGAUGGUAAGUUACUGUAGAGAGGUUCGAAAUGAUGGAAACCAGACAGGCUAACCUUUGACUUUCUUACAACUUCCAUGUCUUAUUUCAGUUCAGUCUCUUGCUUUCUGUGUUGUUGUCUCUCUCCUCAGAGGCUGUGUCUCGAGCAUCACCAGCUACAACUUGCAACCUCAUACUGGUGUAAUACAAGCGAGAAGUUCCUCCUUGGGUUUGGGGAUAUGGGGAGGGCUCCAUGCUGUGACAAGGCUAACGUGAAGAAGGGUCCUUGGUCACCUGAGGAGGACUCCAAGCUGAAGGAGUUCAUAGAGAAGCAUGGCACCGGUGGGAAUUGGAUCGCUCUCCCUCAUAAAGCAGGGCUGAAGAGAUGUGGGAAGAGUUGCAGACUUCGAUGGCUCAACUACCUGAGGCCCAACAUAAAACAUGGGGAGUUCUCAGAAGAAGAAGACAGAAUCAUCUGCAGCCUCUUCGCCACCAUUGGAAGCAGGUGGUCUGUCAUCGCUUCCCAGCUCCCAGGCAGGACGGACAAUGACAUCAAGAACCACUGGAACACCAAGCUCAAGAAGAAACUCCUCGGAAUCGCUCCUUCCCAAAGGAAACCACGUCCACAGAAACAACACCAGCCUUUCUUCCCUUCACCAUCCUCGCCACCACAAGCUGGCUUUUACACCGCUCCAAAACCCUUCCUCACUGAAGAAGAAGAAGGCUUUCCUGCAACCUCCCAUGACAUGUGGAAGUCCUUCCCCACCGCCGCGAUCUCUAGUGAUCUCUUGCAGGUUCCAUAUCAUCAGCAUCAUACGAUCACCUUCAGCUCACAUGAUGGCAGCUGCACUCGGUUCAGCGAUGUCAAAGAUGGACUAGAAGAUAUCUAUGGUGCUAUGGAAGGCAACAAACUGUUUCUUGAAGGAGGGUGUCAGGUAGAUAACAAUGGACCGGAAUACAACCAUGAGGAGAUCAAGCAGCUUCUGAUCUCUACCUUUGGGCACUGCAACAAUGGCAGCAUGAACAACAACCCUAUAGCCAAUACGUUUCUGACUGCAAACAUGAAAAGGUCAGAUCUUGAUGAUGAAUAUGUUUCCCUGUGAAUCCAUGCAUCAUUCACAAUACAACCAAUGUCUCAAAGCAUCAGGAAUCAAGACAACUGGAUUUUGUAUGUGGGCAUGGCAUUAAACUCCGUGCAACUUCCUGAUAUAAGAAAGGUUGAUGUCUGCUGAUCCAAAUCUGCAGUUGCUUGAGACAAAGGGCUGCUGAGGAUUAGUUUAAGGGUCACAUGGACAUAUAAGUCAGAAUCAGUAAUUAAGAGCUUGACAGAGUGCAACUAAGAUUAGAUUCUUGUUGGACUUUGUACUAUAUUGAGUUACUCAGUUGUAGAGCUUUUGAUGUUUUCCU